CCCCGAUUUGACAGUUUGCUCGCUACCGUUAACUAGCUUGCCGAGAUAAUUCCCAUGUUUUAGUCGCUUUUCGAUCGGGCUAACUGGCUCCGGACGUAACAGGCUUCCCCGCUAGAGUUCAACCCCGUCCGCCAUGACGUCCACUUUAGAUGAAAGCAAUAAAGAAAAGGCACGCUCUGUGUCAGUGGAUCUAAACAAUGACACCACUCUUCUCAUUGACAUUCCUGAUGCACUCUGUGAAAGAGACAAAGUCAAAUUUACAGUCCAUACAAAGACCACACUUAGCUCUUUCCAGAAGCCAGAGUUCUCAGUGCCUAGGCAGCAUGAAGACUUCAUCUGGUUGCAUGACACUCUGGUUGAGACUGAGGACUAUGCUGGUCUCAUAAUUCCACCAGCUCCCCCAAAGCCUGACUUUGAGAGCCCAAGAGAGAAGAUGCACAAAUUAGGGGAAGGUGAAGCCACAAUGACCAAGGAGGAGUACUCAAAGAUGAAGCAGGAGCUAGAGGCUGAAUAUCUGGCAGUAUUUAAGAAGACUGUCCAAGUCCAUGAAAUCUUCCUGCAGCGAUUGUCCUCUCACCCUGUACUUAGCAAGGACAGAAACUUCCAGAUUUUCUUGGAGUAUGACCAGGAUCUCAGUGUGCGAAGAAAAAAUGCCAAGGAAAUGUUUGGAGGGUUCUUCAAGAACAUGGUGAAGUCAGCUGAUGAAGUCAUUAUCUCUGGGAUAAAGGAAGUUGAUGACUUUUUUGAGCAAGAGAAGACUUUCCUGCUUGAUUACUACAACAAGAUAAAAGAUUCUACCACCAAAGCGGAGAAAAUGACCCGCGCACACAAAAAUGUUGCUGAUGAUUACAUUCAGAUCUCUGCCACUCUGAACACUCUAUCUGCUGAGGAUAGUACAGCUCUGAAAAAACACCUGGAGAAGUUUGCAGACAUGUUUGAGAAGCUCCGGAAAGUGGAGGGUAGAGUGGCAUCUGACCAGGAACUGAAGCUCACUGAACUUUUAAGAUACUACAUGAGAGACAUUCAAGCAGCCAAGGACCUUUUAUACAGGCGAGCCCGGGCCUUAGCUGACUAUGAGAAUUCUAACAAAGCUUUGGAUAAGGCUCGACUGAAGUGCAAGGACAUUCCCCAGGCAGAGGAAAACCAGCAACACUGCCUGCAGAAGUUUGACAAGCUCUCUGAGUCUGGCAAGAGAGAACUAACGAGUUUCAAGGGCAGGCGUGUUGUGGCCUUCAGGAAGAACCUAAUAGAGAUGGCUGAGCUUGAGAUUAAACAUGCCAAGAACAACGUGGCUGUCUUGCAGGGAUGCAUUGACCUGCUCAAGAGCAACUGACCCGUUUCUAGGCAUUCCUGUUUUACCACCACCAAGUGUCCAGACUUUGCAAAGGGAAUCCUGACCUCUCUUGGGCCUUCUUGCCUGUACCUGAAUCCAAGACCUAUCCCUGCUUCUACACCAAGGAUCAGAUGCCACUUUGAAAACCUCCACAAGACAAGGUUCUUGUUAGCAGUAUGCCUCCGUGUUUACAGAUCCUCUUUCCCCCGGUCCCUGAUCUGUGCUCUCUGUGAGCUGUGGAAUACUAACCUAAUGUGAUUGAUUCUGGAGAUUGAGGCUUCCAGCACCCUUAAGGUCUUCCAUAUUUUGGUAUCAUGAGUAUUAGUAUUUUUUAUAAAUGUCGAUUUCCUCCUCUCUCUUUUUUCCCCCCUUUUUUCAAAACUGAAGCAGAUGCCAAGGUGGCGAUGCCUGUUGGUCAUUUCUUCAUUGUAUAAAGGUGUGUUUUAAUCUCUCGCUUUUUCACAAAAGGUUAAGUGCAGAUAUUAGUAGCAUUAGAGCCUAAUCCAUUUGAAUUGGCUUCAUUUUGAAUGUGUUUGCAUUACUUUUUUAUGGGCAAAGAGAAUGUGUUUUCCCUUAUUCCUUAGCCAUAAUCUUGUUUAUGAUUUUCUUCUAGCCUUUUGUUCCCCCCCUUUUUUUGGUAGGGAACAGUUUCCCAUAUGGAACUGUUUUGGAUAGAAGAUAUGCAGUGUACAAGGGGAAAAUCUAGUGCCUGGAAAAAAUGUCCUCAUGUUCUGCAUUCCUGGACUCUGAGAUUGGUGUCCAACCAGGCCAGACUUUUCUAAACCACUUGUGAAGGGCUCUUCACUGACAUUGAAAAAACAGAAAGAUUCUUGUGUAUUCAAAAACGCUGCAUUGUGCCUCAGGAAUGAGCACUUGGAUUUGUCCAUACAUUCCUGGUAGUUGGUAACAACCAAGUUCAGAAACACUUUUCUUGAAAGAUUUACACAAGAAAAUACUGACAAGAUCACUGCUGAUGCAUGGAGAAAUUCAUGGUUUUCCUCAGCCCUGACCGGUGUCGUUCAUCACUUUAAAGCUUGUUUAAUAACCAUUAGUGGUCUGCAGCCUGGGUUGCUGUCAUGCUGUAUGUUGACAUUGAUGUUGCGUACACAUUACUACAGAACUAGUGAGCAAGACAGUUACUGGAGCUUAUUGGCAUGGACAAUUGUACCGACUAGCAUAUUGAAAAGAAAAAAAAGACUUAAUGGAUGAGAUAAGUCUACAUUUCUGCAGUCUGUGGUAUUGGAGUCUUAGAUUUGGGCUGUCUUGCUGCAGCCGUAAGGCCUUUGCAUUGACGAGCUUUUCGGUGUGGUGCGGUGUGACACACACUCGGCCUCAACCAGCUCCUUUACUCACCACAACUCUACCAAUCACCUUCUUCCAUACAUUCAUUAGUGGACAAUUACAAGCUGUUGGCGUUGUUAUUUUGCUGAAAAUUGCCUUUCUGUUGCUGGUCUGUUUGUCUGCGAGAAAACUUAUCUGUGAUAUUUCAACCGUGUUUCCUUUUUGAAUAUAAAAGACUUAAGAUGCAAUACACUAAGAUUUAAAAAGAAAAAAACUUGGCAAUCAUUACCAAACUCAGCGGAGGGUUAAAAUGAAAUAGUUUUUGUAUAAUUGAAUGUAUUUCUAAUGGACCCCAGCCGUGUGAUUGAUUUGACAUAAUGUUUUUCUUAUUGAAGAUUAGCAUUUUAUAAAUUUGUAGUAAUGACAUUGAAUAAAACCUACUUUCCCACGUCUCUUUGUCGGUCUGUAUUUGUUUUGUGGGGUUGCGGAGCGUUUCCGCCAGACGUGAGUUUUUGUUUUGUUUAUAUCUUUUUGUUUGUUUUCAGUUAAAGGUUUUUUUUUAGGGAGUUGUUCCUUAUGUGAUGCGAGGGUCUAAGGACAGGAUGUUGUGUUGCCGUAAAGCCCCUUGAGGCA